UAUGCAGCCAAGUCGACGCCAACCAAAUCCAAGUGGCCAGCUGCUCGCUCGCUCAGGGCGUCCGUCGGUGAAGUCGGAGUGGCCGAAGAAGUGCCGAGGCACAUCCGUGCAUCGGCAGUCACUGGCAUGAGUCAGUCGUCAUGGGCGAAACCAGCAGAGCUCAGUUCGAACGUGAUGCCGUGGAGUUUGCAUCUCGGGCUGUCAAAUUCGACCUGGAAGGAAAUCCCGGUCCUGCUGCCUACUACUACAGGGAAGCCGCUCAAGCAUUGCAGUCGGCAAUGCUCUCUGGUUCACAGGUGGCCUGCAUUUCUGACAAGGCAAAUGAAUAUCUCAACCGUGCUGAGGAACUCAUAAAGCUAACAUCAAGCACACAUCUCCCCGUCACAAGCAAUGACCAGCAGCUCCAGCUGGACAGGGCCAAGUUCCUGCUGUCACAAGCGCUGGAUGAGGAUGAGGCUGACAACUACCAAGAGGCGCUGGAGCUGUACACACUGGCAGUUGAGCUUUGUCUGCAGGCGGUGAGGGCACUUCGUUCCACGUGGGGACGCCAUCGCAGCCCCAAAGGACACUCCUCUUCCCCGUCCCCUUCCGGCCAAAGAGCUGCUACAGAUGACAAGGCCCUUCAUGAGAAACUAACAAGCAUUGCAUCUCAAGGACUUGAGAGGGCGGAAAGCCUGAAGGCCAAGUUGGCAAGCAGCUGCGGCAGUGGCAGCACAAUCAUUCGACCUGCCCCAUCCGCACCCAUACUUGAGGGGGCCAGACCACCACCCUCUGGCAGCAGCAAGGCCUCCAGCACGUCACUGACCACCAGACUCAGCUCUGAGGCAUCCACCACGUCAUCUUCCGUCAGCUUCCCUGGAGCUGAUGGGGAGCAUGUGCGAGAUGCAGGGAACAAGCUGGUCAUCAGCGGCAACGACGGUUACACGCGUGACGAGAUUGAGGUCCUCAGGAAGACAUCUGUGAUCAACGGUCGGGAGUACGUCCCCUUCCUGGAGACGGACAAGCGGGACCGCUUUGCAUUCAAGCUGCCAUUCUGUGAUCCCGACGGCAAGCUGUCCCUGUCGCCCAAACAGCGUGCUUCAUUCAGCCACUGGGCGCGCCUCGAGGAGCUGUCACACGACCCCAAGAUCAUUGAGGUGGUGGACUGCUUCAGCAUUCGCCAGACAGUUGUUUCGGACUGCUCAUUUGUGGCGUCAUUGGCUGUGAGUGGCCUCUACGAAAAACGGUUCAAGAAAAAAAUUAUUACAGGCAUAAUUUUCCCUCAAAAUCGACAGGGGCAGCCAGUGUACAAUCCUUGUGGCAAAUACACUGUCAAGCUUAACAUUAAUGGUGUGCCGAGAAAGGUGGUCAUUGAUGAUUACUUGCCAAUGGGCAAGAGCUCAGAGAUGCUGUGCUCGUACUCAAACAACAAGAAUGAGUUUUGGGUCUCACUGCUGGAGAAGGCUUACAUGAAGGUCAUGGGUGGCUACGACUUCCCUGGCUCGAACUCUAACAUUGACCUGCACGCACUGACUGGCUGGAUCCCCGAGCGCGUGAGCCUUCAUGGAAGUGCGGACACACCUUUUGACGCAGACGCGUUGUUCAACAAGUUGCUUGAGCGGCACCAACGUGGGGAUGUGCUGGUCACGCUUGCCACUGGGGAGUUGAGUGAAGCUGAGGCUGAACGGUCAGGUCUGGUGCCUUCACACGCCUACGCUAUGCUUGACGUGCGCCAUGUGCAGGGUCGCCGCCUCUUCCUGCUCAAAAACCCCUGGAGCCACCUGCGCUGGAAGGGCCGCUUCUCAGAGCGUGACACCACCAGCUGGACACCUGCCCUGGCACAGGCAUUGCGAUAUGACCCACACAAUGCUGCCAUGUUUGACAAUGGAGUGUUCUGGAUCGAUUAUGACUCUGUGUGCCACUUCUUCGAUGUCGCCUACCUCAAUUGGAACCCGGCCUUGUUCCAGUACACCUACUGCACUCAUAGGACGUGGAAUGCUGGAACUGGCCCGGUUAAAGAUUUGUACAACAUUGGUGAGAACCCACAGUUUUCACUCGAGCUGAGCAAAUCGGGCUGUGCUGUCUGGAUCCUGCUGACACGGCACAUCACAGACAGGGAGGACUUUGCGAACAACCGUGAGUACAUCUGCCUGCUUGUGUACAAAAACAACGGGAAAAAGGUGUACCUGCCAUUUGAUCCUCCACCGUACCUGGAUGGUGUGCGGAUCAACAGCCCGCACUACUUGUGCAAGAUGGUGGUUCCCAAAGGUGGAGACACCCGCUACACCCUUGUGGUGUCGCAGUACGAGAAGAACAACACCAUUCUCUACACACUGCGGGCUUACAGCAGCUGCCCGUUCCACCUGGCACCCAUUGGGAACCCUUACAAAUAUGUUCGUGAGGAGAAGCAUGGGUUAUGGACAGCAGCAACGGCUGGUGGCUGUGGCAAUCAUCCAGAGACCUAUGGUCGCAAUCCAGUCUACCAGGUGUCUCUGCAAAGUAGCCACGACAACAAUCAAAUGCUAGUCAGCCUGAAGGGGCCAAAGCAAUACCAAAUUGGCUUUGAUAUUGUGACUGUCACUGUGAACAACCCAUCAUGUUCAGACUUCUUCGCUCGGAAGGGAUCUGGAAUGUUCAAGUCUGGCUUCACAGUUCUUGAGCUGGAACGUGUGCCAGCUGGUGUGUAUAAUGUGAUCCCGUCCACCUUCAAGCCAUUCCAAGAAGGGCCUUUCUUCCUCACUGUCUCAGCCACCUGUCCCCUCAAGAUGUCACGCAUACAGUAGCAGUAGCUCUGGCACAAUAGUCAUCCUGCCAGGCCAUCACUAAAUUUCUUGCCUGGGAUUGGCAGGCACAUCAGACAAAAUGCGGAACUCUUCUCGACGCAGCCAACACCACCCCGUUGGUUGCAGAGGAUAAGAUAAAACAAAAAUUGUUAAUCUCAGAUUGUCCACUUCGGCAGAGCGUGAUUUCGAUGGAAAGGCGGGGAUAUAAAAAUUAUCUUAUAGAAAACUUCAUAAUGAGUAACACAACAGGUGAAGUAGUGUGUUUUCUUCGUGGGAAUGCUAGCAAGAUGCUGUCUCAUUUGUGAUGUUACAUUCUGCACUGAAGCCUGCUUGCGGUAUCUUGAGUGUCUCUGAUCUUUGCUGUUGCAUUAUUGUCAGAUGCUCUAUUAGCCAAAUGUCUGACGUGAUGUCAACAGCAAGUAAAGAGAAGAGCUGACAUGCAUAUCCAUGUUGCUUGUGUCAAAUGUUUAUAAAUUUCGUCACUUUAAUCCUUGCUUUAUUUUUUUCGAGCCUCUCAGGACCAUCAAUACAGUUCCCUGCCUGCCUCUCUCUCUCUGUGUGUGCGUGUGUGUGUGUGCGCAUGUGGAAAUUAAUGUUUUGCUGCUAGAAAUCAAACAUAGAUUAUAAUUCUGCCGCCCUUUAACUUUAUUAGAUGGAAGGCAUUAGUGAGUGGAGAGUUUCUGAACAACCUUCAUUGGUGCUGCAUUGUGCAAACUGAGUUGUCAUUUACCAUGUCGACAUUGGUUCUGGGCCUGUGACAGAAGCUGCUGAAGGCAUCUUUGUGUCCCCACUGCCUUGCAGUCAUCACCAAGAGCUUCACAUGUAAACUAGCUGUUUAUUGCUGCCUUGUAUGUGACAUUUAUGAAACUCGGGGCAUAGAAGUCAUUAGAAUAUUGCUUUGUUUGUCUGACAUGAAGUUGCCUGCAAAAUGCCUUACUAACCACUGUUCUGAUCUUUCACAUUGCAUCCACUUCAAGGUUCACUUAUGUACAUGAUCCAUACUUUCUUUUUUCUGUUUCAUACAAUAUCAUGUUAGUUAUACGGUAUGCGCUUGUAUAGUUAAUGAUAGAAGCAGUAUGCCAAAAGCUUGUGUCCUUGGUUAUGUUAGGUUGUGCUCAUGGAGGUGCAUUUUUCCUAGUACAGUCGCUGACCAAUAAUUUGGACUCGACAGGAGCCACCAAAAACGUCCAAUUAAUCGGAAGUUUGAAAUAGUGGAUUCAUAGAAAAGAAGUGAUAUUAUUGCACAAGUGGCCAAAAAAAGCUGUGCUGUAUUCUUGGAUGGCCACUCAGAUACCUUCAAUUUCAUGUGAAUAGCGCUGAAUUGGCACCUAUAAGCGAUGGCAUUCUUGGCACAGUGGCAAGCAUGCUGUCUUAUCAUAGUGCUGUGAACACUGUUCCUCGUCGAUGCAACCGAUGAGAUACAUGCUAAAUAUCGUGAAAGUCAAAGUACUUAUCUUCGAAAGUGGUCGUCUGAAAAUAUGGCCAGAGUUUGUAAAUGCGUUGCUGCACACAUAAGCUUGGCUUUGACCCAGACACUUUGUAUCUUGACCAUUGUCAUGCUGUCGCUGUAGAUAGAUGAAACUACAGUCACUGCAUGCAGAUGAAUCUUCAUCUCCUGGCAACAACAAAAGUUGUCUGUGCUGUGAUAGCUGAAUGAUGGCAGGUCUCUCCGCAACGGUCAGUCAUUGUCCGGUGCUUCCUUUGCCGCCCUCGUCAGGGCAGAAAUGAAAGGCCAAGUUGGCACUUGACUUUCUUGACAAAGUUGCCGGGGCCAUUGUCGCUAUUUAACGCGUAAAUUAGUAACAAAUGCUGGAUACGUAGAACGUGCACCACAAAUGACAAAUGUUGCCUUUACAACUUAUGACUUGGCUUGUCCUGAUACUUGGGCCUAGUUGGCGACUACUGGAUUGACUAGGCGAGAAGGUGCCAGCAGCAUGGCUAUUGACCAUGUCGGCGACGUAUCAAAACCAAAAUGUAGGUAUUUCUGCUCAACUUGGUGGGCAAAUUAGGAAAAGUCAAGCAGUCAGAGUUUGAAUCAUUGCUGUAAGGUGCCUGAAAUUUCUGUCAUACAUUAGGUCUAUGGGGCCCGUGGCACUGUCUCAAAGCUGUUUGAAUAAUCACAAGUGUCCGAAUUAAUGGUUGGCGACUAUAGUUAAGUGUUUGUUUAGCUCACCUUUUGAGCACACUACCUGUAUGCUUUCAUCACUCGCUAUUUUCUGCAGUUUGUGUGUAUGAUAACGGGCUUCUCAAAUGCAAACAUCCAUGCUACAUGUUUCAAUAUGUUUGGUAUAGUAUUGUACUUACAAAAACAAAAAAAAACAAUAUCGACAAAAAGCAAUUCAUGUCUCUACAAGCAGUUCUGUGUAUGUACUUCAUAUUUGUUGCUACAUCCGAUGGUUUCUUGUGACCUUAUGUUGCGUUCCAGUUGCCCAUAGGAGACUGUGACAAGAUGACAGCAUGUUACGUUUCAAUGGCAGCUGUUUUACCUUGCAUUGGUUACAAAGUUGUCGAACAUCUGUUAUUAAGAAAUUUGCUUCUUGAUCGUAACCUUGUUUCUGUACUUUUAUGAAUGAAUACUCUACCUUUAGAUUGACAGUUUUAUUAUGCAGCCAACAUCUUUCAAUGGCUUUGAGGCUCCUGCUUCAUAUUUUAACAUACUAAGCAAGUGAAAUGUGUGUGAUGUGUUUUCUUUUAAUAUUUACAUUGUAUUUAAGAACCAUCCUUGUGUGUGUGAACCGGUAUUGCACGAAUCUAUACGUUUAUUUUUGUGGCGGCUUAUGAAAUAGAAAUGUUAAAAGGAAAAAAAGUAUGUCUUUUAAUUGUCCAAGAUGUAUAAUGUUUACUUGCUCCACUCUAUGCACAUAUGAUGUAUUCUUAAUGCUCAAUUUGCAAACUGUUUAUUGUUAUGGCAGAUGGAUUUGUUUUUCUGGUGUUCUGAAGGAACUGUGGUUGUAAGGAGGCGAUAUUAAGUUGUUAUUGAAAGUUUGCGUUUGGCACUAGUUGUCAGACUUGCAAUGCUUGAUAAGAACAAUGGUUAAAGCUAUAGAAAUGUUGGUGUAUGACAAAUCAUGUUGAGCUCGUGUAUUUGUGUUGUUGAACAAUAAACAUGAAAUUCCACCACC